CUUCUGUGAAAUCGGACCAGAUGGGCUAGCCGUCGCUCCCCACGCACAUCAGUGCGCCUUAGGUGCCCAUAACCUGUCUCAGGUUCACCGGUUGUCCUCCGUGGGACCACUUUUGGUAGGUACUAAAUAAAUGCGAUAAAGGCAUGUCGCUCUGGAUAAGAGCAUCUGCCAAAUUCCAUAAAUGUAAAUGUAAGUAAUCAAUGUUAUUCACUUCACCUGUCAGUGGUUUUAACGUUGUGGCUGAUUGGUGUAUAUUUUAAUCAUAUAUUGAUAAUAGUGAUAUCUGAUUAAUGGUUGCUAAACCUGUAAAAGUAGGUGUAUGCACACACACAUCUGCCAAUGAGAUGGUUCUGUACAGGAGAAAUGCACACUUUUCACCUGUAAUGCAUUGAAGUGUUUAACUUUAACACAAGAAAACCUUUGUAAAGUUCUCAUAUUUUAACAACAGUUCAGACAUAAAAAAAAUAUAUGAACCACUGAAAAUCCAGUUAUGUCAUGGGUGGUUUUUAAUUGUUCAUCAAUAAUGUAGCCUGUCUAUUUAGGGCUGAUGCACAUAGGGCUGAUGCACACUUGCACAUUGUCUGGGUGUUUCUUUUUACUGUUUACAAACUGGUGAUGGCGAAUUAAAGGUUUUUUCGUGAAGACCUCACAUGUUUGGCGAAACAUAAUGUGUUGGUGGCACAUUAUACAUUUAAUAACAUUUUUAAAUAUUCACAUUUGAUUAGAUGUCUGCCAACAUACUUGCACAUAACCUGAAGACAUGUACAAGGGGACAGCGUUAUAACCAGAAUAAGAAUGAUCAGAAAAAAAGAAGGAUAACGUUUUGAGAAUAGCUUUGCUGCAAUCUGAUGUUGGUUUUCUUUCACUCCCUUCAACGAUCCUUUGUUCUCUGCUCAUUUUUGCUUUUGCUCAGGGUUUGGUUCAGGUCUCUUCCCAAACCCAAAACUACCUGAUAGACAUUGCUGUGUACUUGUCACACAGCACUGCACAUUUAUACAAAAUGUAGUUACUAUAUAAACCCCCUCUCUUAGUCUGUACACAAGUAUGUUGACGUGGAUCUUCACAGAAGUGCAAAUCAGCCCUUGGAAAGCUCCCUCUCCUGUGUUUCAGGUGUUCUAUUAUACAUGUUCUCAAGUAUGACUUUGGCAGUCUCAAGUAUGACUGUGGAAGGUGGCAAUCACUGAAUGAUUGGGCUGUAUUUAUUUGAAUUUAAGGUUCAAAACAGCUAGCUUUAGCUCACAUAUACCAAAAAUCACUGUUAACACUCCUGCCUAUUGUUUGAACCCAUUUUACUCUCUUGUAAAUUGCACGUCCUUUAAUAAAGUGAUUCCUGGCUACAAAAUCUGAAAUUAUUCACAGUUCACAGCUAUUUGUAACACUAAAAUACUCACUGAAGUUAAAAAGCAUCUCACUGAUGCUAAAAAGUAUUGAUAAAUGGUUGGAAAUUGAUUUCAAAAGCACAAAGCAUUCAUUCUGACACGUAAUACCAGCAACUGAAGUGGGCACCAGAAAGUUCUUGUCAAUUAUACAGUCUUUCAUAGUUUUCUGAAGACCUUUGAAAUAAUAAGUUGAAAACACUGUUUUGCUGUAGAGGAUUUUAUGCCUAUUAAAAUGUCCCCAUCAUUUCCUCUUGUUUUGAUCAGGCUGCUUGCUCAUCUAAUGCCUGUGCUGCCCUUCAGUCUAAAGCAAUGGACUAUUUAAGAUGAGACAAUCUGUCUUUUGUUGCGCAUGUUGUGUUGAAACGGGGUGAAAGCCCGAGGCACAGCCUGAUCCAGAACAUCAGCUUGGUGAAAGGGCUCUCUUAUGAAGUAGAACAUAACUGAUGAGCCCAUAGAUUUCAGAGAAUCGUAGCCGUAUUUAACCAUCCUUUGCCAGUAUCCCGCUUUUGUAAGCAACAAUAACAGCCUUGUUUUAAAUAGCCAUGGAAAAAGUCUUAGGAAAAAAUGCUUUUGGUCCAGUCUGCUACUGAUUCAGAAGCAUGAGUGGCAGAAACCGGUCAGGUGCUUCAGCCAGCCAGGUGUGCCGUGUGUCGUCCUUCUCCAAUCAGCCACCCCGUGUACUGAUAAUUGACACGUCACCACCUUGGUGGUCAGAGACACGUUCCAUCGUGUGUGAGGCCCUUGAGAACUUCCUGUCUCUGGCAAGCAGUCUGGAGGGACCCAGUCGAGUACCUCUGCUCAGCCUCUAUGCAGUAAACAUGCAGCAGGAGUGUCUGCUGCCAUUUGUGCAGGUGAAAGGGAAUCUUGUGCGUUUGCACUCAUGUGUGGAGGAGCUGCGCUCUCUGCCUACAGAGGGCUGUACACGGCCACAGGUCGAGCUUCUUAAACAGGCAGUACUGGACAGCCUGCAGCAGUAUAAACACUACACCCGCCAUGCCAAUCUGGGGAACAACCUCCAUGGUGGCUCUGUAGAGGUGACUGUACUGAGCAGUACUGAGCCGGGCCAGGCUGUACUUGGGAAGCUGGAAAAGGGCCUGAAGGACUCUGACCUGGUCAGUCUGCGACGGCUGGUGGUCGUCCACAUCGCUGUAGAACAGAACCUUCCAGACAGAGAGCAAGCCUGGAGCCCAGAGUCCUGCUCUACAGACAUUAUUGAGAAGACAGACGAUGAUCUGAUGCUAGGGGCCGAGAUGGACUUGCAGCUAGUGGAGAACAGCGUCAUCGCUAUGGAGAACAUUCUGAAGGCAUGGCUUCAUGACCAAACAGGACAAAGAGAGCACCUUCAGCUGCUGUUACCUGCAUCUGUACAAACAAACAGUCCAAAACCCAUUCCUGCUCACAGACCUGAUCUUGUGUGCAUAAAGUGCGACAUGCAGGAAAGGCUUGUGAGCCCAGCUCUUCUCCCCUUCACGCCUGACCUUGGAGCCCAAACUGAGAGCAUACGGGACUUCCCUCCAGCAAGCAAGAGCCCGUCUAAUCAGAACUCAGGGCCACAGCGACUCAGAGUCAUCAAAGCUCUGCGUGCAGAAGGAGUGUGUCAGUCUGUUCUGUACGGCCUUCCACUAGUCAUCAGACCUACAACUUGCUGGCAGCUGGACUGGGAAGAGAUGGAGAGCAACCAUCAGACCUUCCACGCUCUCUGCCACACACUCAGAACCCGUGACUGGUUUCUCUUAGUGCGUUCAGAGACUGAGUUUCGUUCUGCAUCCAGCGCAGUUUCCUACUACGUGCUCCAGUCUUCAGCCUCCCUCUCUCUCUUAUUAAAACCUGUCCUCACACGAGAAUUAAUGCUGCCCUGCAAUCUGCCUACCUCAAACGAGGACCCACCACUCAACACACUCAAUAUGGUGGAGAGAUGUCUGGAGCAACUGGAGACAGACCCUGCGUUUAACCCUCUUUGUCUGGGCAGUAAUCUCUACCCAUACCUGAGGAUGAGAGGCCUGCGCUCUCGCUCCUACUGCUCUCAGUCUCAGAGCCAAGCACGAGGCCAACGUCGAGACACAAACCGACCAGCAGAGGGCUCCACACCUCGGCAGUUGCAGCAAGGUCGUGUCAGAGCGAUGGUUGCUCCUCUGUCCUCUGCACCCCCGGUCAAGAUGUCCCGCCCCCCUCUGACCAUGAGCCGCUCACGACCACAUGACCCCUCCCUUUGCUUAGCGGACGAUGACGUGGAUAACGAUCUUCUUAUGAUGAUGUGAGAGUGAGAGUGCAACAAUACUACCAGUACUACAAUCUGCCAUUCUGUGCAGACUGUUCUUUCAGGUUAUAUUUUUGGUUAGUUUAAGUUUAGACACAUAAACUGACACACCACACCACAAUGCACUGCAAACCCAAGUUUAUAUUUUUAGGCCAGACAAAUUUCCAUGCAUAAACUGACCUGUUUUUUUAGUAUGUGCGGAAAUGCACUCUACACAAAUGGCAUCACAAGAUAUAUUUGGAUACAAACAGACUAACUGACAUAAGAAGUUGAAGCCAAAUUCUAAAGCUAGAUAUUUGUAGUCAUUCACUAUUCAGUAAUCAACAUCAUUCAGUGCUUAGCAUGCAAAUAUAUCUCUAAGCCCAAUGGUGAAAAAUACACAGACGUGUUGAGAAGUUGCAAUAUCAAAUGAGUUCUGCAGCCAAAACAGCCUAUUAAUAAUUCAAAACAAUUCCUAAACACCAAAAUUUGAAUCGAGUCAGUGAUUGGACAGGGUUUGUUUCACUCACUGGUCUCUAUUAGCUAUUAGAGGACAAUAUGGCAGCCUUACAGUGCAGCACACACCAGCUGUUUAUGCGUCUACAGCUGUUAAACAUUAGAGCAGAUAAAAUGCCUCAUUCUUCGCAAAAAGACUGGGGAAAAACCGAUAGACCCUGUUAAUGCACUUACUUUGGCCCUAGAUGGUCAGAACACAUUUUGUUACUGAGACACUGACACUUGCAGUAGUUUUCACAAUGCAUAAUUAGUAUGACUCGACUUUCAUUUGCUUUCACAGCGACUGUUAACAGAAAUUCUCAUAUAGAGUGUGAUGCUUAAAAAAAUAAAAUAAAACAAAAAGACAUAAGAUGCAAUAAAUAAGAAGCACCAUUUUCUGUAGGUGUCCGUAGCACUAUAGGAGAGGUAUAGAAAAACACAAUGUUGUAGAAGCAUUGUGUUCUGGCAUGCACUACAACACACACACAAAAUCCAGCUGAAGAUAAAUUCAGCACAAGGCCACAAUGAGAGAGUCCUGUGCUGAAAAUGAGAGAGGACUGUGUUCAGUCUCGACUUGAGAGAGAGAGAGAGAGGCACUUUUCAGUGUAAUGCUACGUAACAUUAUAGUUUUUUUAAGGGUACAGAAGGGAAUGAAACACUUUCUAGAACUGAAGCGAUGUCGAGGCCAUGGUGUUACUCAAUGUCACCGUCUGACUGAGGCCCAUCAGAUCUGCUUCAUUAACAUUUCCGCUAUUCCACCCACCCAAUGCCGCCUACACCAAUGCCACUAUGACCUCAUUUUGGGUUUAGAGAUAUUAUGCAAAACCCAUCACAAAUGAGAAGCAUUUUGUAAAAAAAAAAAAAAGUUCUUCGUCUCAGUUUCCUGUUCCAUAUAUAAUUUUUUUUUAAAGGCUUUAAAAGUUUUAAAAGGAGGGAUUUUCACAUCAGAGUGCUUUCACAUUGGAGUCUACCUAAUGGCGUCAACACGUGUUCUCUCCUGGGCCAGAUUGCAUGUGGAUUUGUAACGUCUGUGAAGUGUUAUUUAGACUCCAAGUCGAAGUCCACAGCAAUCAUUUUCCCCACAGAACUAAUUCUACAAAUUUAAAUCAAAGCUCACAGAGAUUGAGACAAUAUGUCUGGGCAUUUGUCCACAUAAACAACAGGAAUGCAGAUGUGUCUUGUUUUAAGAGUCUUUUGCAUUACAAUAAAGAGCUUCCUCUGUCAUUCCACAUCAUUAAGGAAAGGAGGUCAGCACAUUAAUGCUACUUUCUUUCUUUUUUUAAUAAGAGUUACUGUUCAAUUUAAUUAUUUAACAUUAUCUUAAUGUGACUUGUUUAAUACUAAAUAUUUCAAAGCCAGUAAAUGUGUUAAUGGAGUUUUGUUCCUGUCUGAGCAGUUUUGUUUAAUUUUCAUACAAAACAGUCGUACAUGGUUCAUCUACAAAGAACAGUUUGUCAUGAAGUGUGUGCAAGUGUGUGGAAAGCAGAGACAGGGUCUGGCAGGGACUAGAAAGACUGAUGCCGUUUCCAUAAAUAGGAAUAAUUAGUUUCUGGCAGUAACAUAGAUUUUUCAUGAAGUAGGUUUUCCAACUUUCCUGUUUUCACUUAGGGAAUAUCCUAUCAGUAUGACGUAUUACAAAAUAUAUGUAACAUGAACCCUACACAUAUCUUUACUAUUUUUAUACAAUGUAAAUUUAGCUCUUUACAUAGUAAGUAGCUGACAAGUGCAAACACACACAGUGAUUAGUAACUCAUUCGUGACUAAGUUAACGCCCAGGCUAUAGUAUUAUUAUUAUUCCUCAAAUCUUUUUGUCACAGUCAUUGUCAUUGACCACAAUGUCCAUCAUGCCAUGCGCUAAAUGUUUU